GCGGUAUGUUGUUGCCGGUUAGAGAGGUCAGUUCCCUCUUUCCGGCGGGCAGAGCUGAGUUGGACUGGCGUGGUUUUUUUAAGGGUUGAAUAUUCAGCUGCUUCAGCAUGAGUGUGCCUGCUUUUAUAGACGUUACCGAGGAGGAUCAGGCUUUGGAGCUUCGUGCCUACAUUAAAUCAAAAGGAGCUGAGAUUUCAGAAGAGAAUUCUGAAGGGGGACUUCAUGUGGACUUGGCCCAGAUUAUAGAGGCGUGUGAUGUCUGUCUCAAGGAUGAUGACAAAGAUGUGGAGAGUGUGAUGAACAGCAUUGUAUCUCUGCUUCUGAUCCUUGAGACUGAAAAGCAAGAAGCUUUAAUCGAGAGCCUCUGUGAGAAAUUGGUCAAAUUUCGAGAGGGAGAGCGGCCGUCUCUCCGCAUGCAGCUGCUGAGCAAUCUCUUUCAUGGCAUGGACGAGACCACUUCUGUAAGGUAUACAGUCUACUGCAGCCUAAUCAAGGUAGCAGCUACUUGCAGUGCUAUUGCAUUUAUUCCAACUGAACUUGAACAGGUCAGAAAAUGGAUUACAGACUGGAACCUCACUAUAGAAAAGAAGCACACUCUUCUGAGAUUGGUUUAUGAGGCUCUCAUAGACUGCAAGAAAAGUGAUGCUGCAGCUAAAAUCAUGGUCGAAUUGCUGGGGAGUUACACUGAAGACAACGCUUCACAAGCCAGGGUUGAUGCUCACAGGUGUAUUGUUCGUGCUUUAAAGGAUCCCAACACUUUCCUUUUUGACCACCUCCUCGCCUUGAAACCUGUCAGGUUCUUAGAAGGGGAACUUAUCCACGAUCUGUUGACCAUCUUUGUAAGUGCUAAGCUAGCAGCAUACGUCAAGUUUUACCAAAACAACAAAGACUUCAUCGAUUCCCUUGGUCUGUCCCAUGAGCAGAAUAUGGCAAAGAUGAGACUCCUCACUUUCAUGGGAAUGGCAGUGGAAUUCAAAGAAAUUUCAUUUGAUACUAUCCAACAAGAACUACAAAUUGCAACUGAUGACGUAGAAGCAUUUGUUAUUGACGCUGUUCGAACAAAGAUGGUCUACUGCAAAAUUGAUCAGACUCAGCGAAAAGUAGUUAUAAGUCACAGUACACACAGGACGUUUGGAAAACAACAAUGGCAGCAACUGUAUGACAGCCUCAACUCCUGGAAACAGAACCUGAGCACAGUGAAAACCAGCCUUCUCGGCCUCUCCACCGCUUCAUAGAAUCUCAGAACAAUUUUUAUAUUUGCAGAAUGAAAAGCAGAAAUCCAUUUGAUCCAUUCAAUUUUAUUUUCAAUAAAUAUAUUUUUUCCUCCCUAAAAUGUAUUUAAUAAAGGUUUUUUUUUUUUAAGUGUCAACAUUACAACUAUUGACAGACGAGUAAAACAAAUAAAAAAUUACAAUAUAAUUACAA